AUGGUGGUUGUUCAUCCAGCCGCUCAUUGGUUGUUUCAUCUGGCAAAUUGUUUUUUAUUAGUGAGUUAUGCAACAACAAACAUUCUAGCAUUACGGAUUCUGUUAGCAUCUGGUUCAGUUUGUUUUACGUUAUGGGGUGCACUUGUAUUAUCAAUAUCAAUAGAUACUACUGUUUAUAAUGGUAUAUUUUUUAUUAUCAAUACAGUGCAAGCAUUGAUUAUUUUAUACAAUAUGCGUUCAAUUAAAUUUGAUCCUUAUCGAGAAUUAGUUUAUAAUCAUUUUUUUGGUAAGGAUAAAAUAAAAUUAAGUCGAACUGAGUUUAAUAAACUCACUAAUCCUAAUAUUUGUUUCAUUAGAACAUUAAAUACUGGAUCUUUUGUGGCUGAAAAAGGAAACAUUUGUAAUCAAUUAACAUUAUUACUAGAAGGUGAAUUAUCAGUAUCAAGAAAAUCAGGUAACAAUAGUAAUGAUAGUGAAAACUUUUAUGAAGUACAUACUAUAAAACCACUUGAAUUUGCCGAUUCACCCGAAUGGCAAUUUAAACAUGGUACGAUUGGACCAGCAUUUGAUGUUUAUAUUACCUGUUUAAACAAUUGUAAAUUUAUGGUGUGGCCGUAUGAACCGUUGAUGAAUUUAGUUAGCAAAGAGAAACAGUUAGGAAAUAUCUUAAAUGCCGUAUUGGGACGAGAUAUUGUACAAAAAUUAUUUUCGUCGCAAAUUUGUGUGUAUCGAAAUUGUCUCCAAUUUCAACAAGAUCAAGAUCAGUAUCAUCGACCUCCUUUUCAAAAUCCUGAAUCAUAUGAGAUCAUUCCAGUUGUAGAUUAUGAUGCUGUUGCUACGGUUGCUGUUGAUGAAGAUAAUUCUUCUGUUUGA